AUGGGCCUGGCUCACACGGAGCGAAGACCCCGCCCCCCAACCCCUGCUUCCCUUCACAGACCAUCAGCUGUGUUUCCCUCCCCAGAGCCAGCUAGCUUCCCGCAUCUGCCCGGGGAGGACAGUUUCUGCACACGGUUGGAGGAGCUCAUGCUCUUGGGCGGGAGAGGGAGAAGUCAGCAGCGUGCUGACGGCCUGCGGUACAGCCAGAUGAAGAGAGCUUGUCUGAGGGCUGCCCCCGGGGAGCACCUGGCCUGUGGCCGGAAGGGCUGUGUGGGGCGCUGGGCUGGGGCUCCUCGCCACCGCAACCCCGCUGGCUGCCAGCGGCCCUCACUACAAGAAAAAAGACUACACUUUAAGGUGGAUAAUGAUGAAAAGGAGCACCAGCUGUCAGGAAGAACAGUCAGCUCAGGGACUGGUGCAAAGGUUGAAUUGCUCCUUGUGGAAGCAGCAGUGAUGAAUUCUGAAGCCAGUCCGAUUAAAGUAACACUGGCAACACUGAAAAUGCCUGUACAGCCAACGGUUUCCCGCGGGGGCUUUGAAAUUACACCACCUGUUGUCUUAAGGUUGAAGUGUGGUUCAGGGCCUGUGCAUAUUCGUGGACAGCAUUCAGCAGCUGUGGAGGAAGACGCAGGAUCAGAUGAUGAGGAAGCGGAUGUAAACUUAAGUAUAUCUGGAAAGUUAUCUGCCCCUGGAAGUGGUACCAAAGUUCCACAGAACAAAGUAAAACCAGCUGCUCGUGAAGAUGAUGGUGACGAUGACUUCCGACAUUCAAGACCUCCAGCAGCUGGGCAGGACCUUCCUGGCCACCCGGGGCAGGCCGUCUCCUGA